AUUGAUUUGAAUAUCAGAGAUACUAAGAAUCAAUAUGAAUAGGUAAGAACUAAAGGCAGGUAAACCAAAAGUUCUAGAAAAAUUCGAAAUCAAUGGGAUAAGAGCCCUCAUCCAGGCUCUUUAGAGAAGCUUCGUUCGAGGAGUCGAGCCAAGUGGAGAGUCAGAAAAGAUGGAGAGUUUCCUGGAGACGUGCGCGGCUGGUUACCAUGGCAACUAACUCUUCCAACACGCAGGUGCGGAAGGAAAUUCCCCUGUCCAUCCAGUCUUCAGUGUUAAAAAAAAAAAAAAAAAAAAAACAAGAGAAAUAGUACAUCCGGCCAGAGUUUGGCUCUUAUUGGCUGGAGACCGGGGAAGGCGGGUCUUCCUCCUGCACUCCCUCGCGAGGGCCUGGCGACUUCCUCCGCUUUUCCUUUUAGGAAGGGGCGGGUACGGAUGUUCCCUCUGAAGCGACCUGGAAGCCGUAACCUGCGGAGGUGGAAGAGCCUUGUACCGUGAGUCGGAUCCCCGGGCCCAAGGGGCCGCUAGUUUUUGAUGUCAAAGAACAUUCGAGAUGGCUGCAGCAUCAGGAAAGGGAUCUAUACGAAAAGCAAAAUCAUUUACUGUAAAGACAUCGCUAAAUAACCCAUAUGCUAUCAACUGGAGUACUCUGGAAAGAGAUGAUAUGCACUUCAUAUUACAGACACUGGAAGAAAGAUUUAAACAUGUUGGACUUCAAAAGAUUGAGAAUCCAAAGAAGAAAAAACGCCCUUUUCCAAAAAGACCAACCAAAGAAAAGGUUACUAUUGAUAAUGAUGAAGUUCCAAAGAAAAAAGAAACAGAAAUUAGCCAGAAAGUACCAGGAUGGACUCCUAUACAUAUCAGGAAACAACUUGCUAUUGGGAUUAAUGAAGUUACCAGAGCUCUAGAGAAAAAUGAACUUCUUUUAGUGCUAGUGUGCAAAUCUGUCAAACCUGCUAUGAUGACCUCCCACCUGAUUCAGUUGAGUGUGAGCAGAGCUGUACCAGCUUGUCAAGUUCCUCGACUUAGUGAAACCAUUGCACCUGUUAUUGGUUUAAAAUGUGUUCUAGCUCUGGGUUUCAAAAAGAACACUGAAGCUUUUGUUGAGGAACUAAAAGCUAUAAUUCCCAGGGUACCUAGGUUACAUGUGCCAUGGCUUCAAAACAGAACUAAAGAUUCCUUGGAAGAUACAGAAAAUGAAACUUUGGAAAUGCAAGAUGCUAAUAUUUUAGAAACCUCCUUUGAAGAUCUUACUAAAAAUAAGCGAAAGCUUGUUGAAUGUCAGCAAGAUGCUUCUGCUGUAACUUUACAGCCCCUAAAAAUAAAGAAACUGAUUCCAAAUCCCAAUAAGAUUAGGAAACCACCAAAAAGUAAAAAGACUACUUUAAAAUAACAUGUGAAACAUAAUUUGUAAAACAUUUUUUCAUAAUUAAAACUAAUAAAAAUGAAUUACAUGUGUCCUUGCCAUGUUGCUUGUUAAAUGUUCCAUGUUAAAAAAAAAAUAACAACAACAUUAGGGCAUGAACAUGUCUAGGUUUAAAUCAAUAUUUAAAUGUAUCAGUUAUUAAAAAA